CUGAUAUGGAAUCUGUAGUGGCCAUGGAAGAUGCUGGAUGGAGCUCAAAUGGUGGAAUGUACACCUCUGAUGAGGAGGCAGAUUUCAUGUCUCAGUUGCUUGCUAACUGUUCUGUCACAAAUGAGAUGAAUGAGGCUUCAAGCUCUUCAAUCCCAUUUGCAAUUUGUCCAAGCCAUGGAUAUUCAACAACUAACAGGGAAGACAUUGAUCAAGGAUCGCAUUAUUAUUCAGAUUUUGCUAAUCUCUAUUUUUCAAAUGGGAUUGAUACUUAUGGUACUGCCAAUAAUGGAAACUACUACACCAGUGACUCUCACCAAAUUAUGCCAACAAAUUACCAUAACUCCGAGACGUCUCGAUGUCUUUGGGAUGCCAAUGGUGUCAACUUGUUCCUCAGUCAAGGUGAACAAUUCGGCAUGGAUCAUCACCAAGAAUUGAGAAAUGGCAAUGUGGAAGAGCACUCUAACACAAACCAGACAGGAGCUGCUUUUUCUGAAAAUCUUCUGCAGCUUAAAAGGGAAUCUCAGCAUGAGAUGAGAAUAAGGGAACCGGAGAUGGAAAUUGAAGUUAUGGUGCCUGAGAAUUCCAAGAAAAGGCCUUGCAGUUCAGUAGAAGUUCAAAAGAAGAAGAGGAAUGUGAAGUCGAAGAAGGGUCAGAAGCCGGUCUUAACUGGAGACAUUGAAGAUAAUGAUGCUAGCACCAAAGGGCAGAGCUCAAGCAGUACUAGCUGCUCAGGGGAUGAGGACUCCAAUGCUUCUCAUCAGGAUCUGAGUGGAGGCGUGAGCCCUUCAAGCUUUAGUCCAAAAGGGCUUGAAGAUCUGAACUUGAAUUGCAAAAAAAAGGCCAGUAGGGGAUCAGCAACUGAUUCCCAAAGCAUAUAUGCAAGGAAAAGAAGAGAAAAAAUAAACGAGAGGCUGAGAAUUUUGCAGAACCUUGUACCUAAUGGCACAAAGGUUGAUAUCAGCACCAUGCUUGAGGAGGCUGUCCAGUAUGUGAAGUUCUUACAGCUUCAGAUCAAGCUCUCAAGCUCUGAUGAUAUGUGGAUGUAUGCUCCUAUCGUUCACAAUGGAAUAAACAUCGGAAUUGACUUGAACACUUGAAGCUAAUCAAUCGGAGACGGUCAUAGAAUGUAGUAGGAGGUGGACCUGCUGUUAUAACAGAACAGAGUCUGUGGACUAUGCAUGGUUAACUGAGGGCAUUGUUUGAAAUAAAGGCACACAAAGUGCUCAAACAGCAACUUGUUAGAAUAAAACCAAAUUGAAAAUGUGAUUAGUACCAAAACAUAAAUAAACUAGUAUAUAUCUGUAAUUGUAUUAAUACACAAUACAUUCAAAAUUAGACUACUGUUAAGGAUUGUAAUCUGUAAGAGUCCCUGUUUUUCACAUUUGAUGUGAGCAGGAAAAAAGAAAAGGGAAGAUCCAUGCUUGAAUUAAUUUUCUCUUGCAAUAAUAGCCUUGCUCUGACAGUAACAAAGUUUUAUGUAUGUGCCAGAAAUGAAUGCCUUACUGUGAUGAGCUUCAUGAUUUACUUGUACUGUUUUUAUUUACAUGAACAAUACAUUUAUUUGUCAAAGGGAAAAAUA